AAAUACCUCCGUAGCGGGCCUUCAAUUUUCAAGAACCUCAUUCACAGACUGCAGCCUCGAAUAAAAACUUCAAGCAUUUAUGAAAUGUCAACACACGCAACGGCAAACUAUUCCUGUGGUUUCGUGUCGUUGUAUUCUCUCAGAUGAUGGCAGGCCGCAAUGACGCCCUAGCGAACAAACGACGUUUACGGUCACAACAUGGAGAGGAGCCCUCAUCAAGCGUUUCCAAGAAACGCCGCCUUGAGUCGUCGGUCGGACUGCCCGUUAGCGCUGCUGCUGCGACGAGCUCUAAACCUCCGCAGCCAGAUGGAUUCAUGAGUCGGAGGCGCCGCAAGGCAGCUGUGGACUCAUAUGAAGUUCCAGAUUCAGAUGAGGAACAGGUGGAGCAGACGGGGCAGCCUGACCACGAUGACGCUGCGAAACCCCAGAAAUCACAAGCCCAGGCUAGCCGUCGAAAAGCUAGUCUCUACGACCUGCCACACUCGUCCGAGGAUGAACUAGGUUCUUCGGCUGUGCAGCCACGUCCUGGCCGGCAUCGGCCCACCAAUGCUGCCGUUGACACAUCUGGGGUGAACGGCAUUGGCCGUGCCUCGCUCGCGAAUGAAGGCAAGCUUGAAAACAAGAAGCGUGGCGGGCAUACGAAGCGAGAUCACGAAGCCAAGGCUGGUGAGCUGUCACGGACCGAAGAUGAGGAGUCCAAGGAUGUUGCCCCGCCACCCGGCAAAUCUAUUUCCGAGACGCGUCGGUCGAGACGCGCGCCAAACGGCACGUCAAACAAGGUUUUACCAGUACCUAAAGGGAUCUUGACGCCUCAAAAGGGCAAGAAUGCCAAUAGUGACCGACAGAAGAGCGUAGUAUUCGAUCGCGGGCUAGAACGGGACUCUUUGGGCGACAUAGCGGCUGGACCGCCAUCUAAAUUGGCUAACACACGCAAAGGCCGAUCACGAGCAAAAGUCACGGACGAGCUUCAGGUUGAUGAUGAACUUCAGAAUGAUAUACAGGCUGAGCAUGAAGACGAAGAACCCGGUAAUGACGAAGAGGAUGACGACGAAGUAUGCACCAUCUGUCUCAAGCCCGACUCGGAGGAGGGCAACCAGAUUGUAUUCUGUGACGGCUGCGACGCCGCUGUACAUCAAGAGUGCUACGGCCUCUCGGACAUUCCUAAAGGGGAUUGGUUCUGCCGCAACUGCUCGCAAAAUGGCGCAAGCUCCACCACUAAGCCAGGAUCGAAGGGAACCGAGCCGUGUGUAAAUGCACAGGAAGAUCAGAAGCCCGAUAUCCCGAAUUUCGAUCAACAUCUCCGGUCGAUGCAGCGGGUGCUGCUCGAUCGUUGCGCGGGCAGGCGUUGGAUCAAGCUGCGAGGGCAAGAUGAGGCAUAUGAGAAGGCUUACCAGCUUGUGGAGCAGACAGUUGUUGCGGGAGAGGGCAACUCAAUGUUGGUGAUAGGUGCUCGCGGUUGUGGGAAGACAACGCUUGUAGAAUCCGUCAUCGCUGAAAUGUCCGGGCGUCACCAAGAUCAGUUUCAUGUUGUGAGGCUGAACGGGUUCAUUCAUACUGAUGACAAGCUGGCCCUGAGAGAAAUCUGGCGCCAGCUUGGCAAAGAAAUGGAAGUUGAGGACGAGCUCGUCAAUAAGACCACCAAUCAUGCUGAUACAAUGGCAUCGUUGCUGGCCCUGCUAUCGCAUCCCUCAGAGAUAGCGGAGGGGCUAGACGGGGUAACCUCCAAAUCGAUCGUGUUUGUGAUGGACGAGUUUGACCUGUUCGCUACACACUCCAGACAAACCCUCCUCUACAACCUUUUUGACAUUGCUCAAGCUCGAAAGGCGCCGAUUGCUGUCCUCGGGCUGACAACCAGAAUUGAUGUGGUGGAGAGCCUCGAGAAGAGGGUCAAAAGUCGGUUUAGCCAUAGAUAUGUGUACCUCUCGCCGCCAAAGAGCCUGCCUGCGUACUGGGAUGUAUGCAGACAGGGACUGAUUAUCGACGACGAGGAUAUGGUGGCAGAGGGUAUCGACAGGAAAUUACAGGGUCACGGCGCCUUUUGGGAUUGGUGGAACGGCAAAAUCGAGGCCCUUCACAAGACGCCGGAGUUUACAGACCACCUAGAAACACAUUUCUACAGCACCAAAUCUGUCCCGGCCUUUCUCACGACCUGCAUCCUGCCACUCGCAGCACUUUCUCCUACGACGCUGUCGCUACGGAUAGCCGGGCCGUCGGUAUCUAACGUGUCACUGGAGGCGCCGGACUCGAAGCUGCACCUCCUUGGGUCGCUCUCGGAUUUGGAUUUGUGGAUGCUUAUCGCGGCUGCACGGCUGGACAUUGUGGCGCACACAGACACGGUCAACUUCGCCAUGGCGUACGAUGAGUACACGUCGCUCAUGAGCAAGCAGCGGGUUCAGUCGGCGAGCUCCGGCAUGCUCGCGCUGGCCGGAGGGGCGCGGGUAUGGGGUCGAGGCACGGCAGGCAUGGCGUGGGAGCGUCUCGUUACUCUAGGCCUGCUUGUGCCGGCGGCGGCGGGCGGCAGGGGAACGGCCGGCUUGGGCGGGUUAGAUGCCAAGAUGUUCAAAGUGGAUGUCGCGCUCGAGGAGAUCCCAGCAGCGGUCAAGUUGAAUGCCGUCAUGUCGCGGUGGUGCAGGGAGAUCUGACCAGGCCUGACCGGGACGCCGGAUGGCCCCCCAAAUGAAACAAACAAUAGUAUCUUACAUGCUGGAUAACGUUACAACAUAUGUGGACUGUACAUACAAGCCAAACGGCCAACCGGGUGUUCCCAAGUUCUUCCUACCUCUACCACGGGUGUCGGAUGGCUGGCUCAGAUGCUUAGCGCCUAUCAAUAAUCGCAUCUCAUCCGAUCUCACCCCUUUCCGAAAGGCGGAAAGCCUUGUCCAGAGGGCUGGGUAGGUGCUGUACCGCUGUACAUACAGUACUCUACGUAACCCCAUACGUUACAGUACACAAAACACACCUCGUUAGACCCGGCACCCGGCG